AUCGAAGCAUCACGUCUAGGAUCAUCCAUCGAGUUACAGUUUCGAGUUUGGGAUUACAUCGUUGAACGUGAUUUUCAAGAUGAUCAAGACCGCGACGAUUUUACUCGCUCUUGCGCUGUGCGCUACAGCCUCGUUCCCAAGAGGAUCUAGCGGUAGGCAACAAGGAGGCAGAGGGUCCCAAGGUGGACGAGGAGAAGGACUCGGUGGUUGGCAGCAGAGCGGAUCUGGUGGAGUUGGACAAUCUGUAAUUUGGCAGCAAGGAGGAAUCGGCGGAGCGCAGGCAGAAAUUGGUGAACAAGGCGGAUUCGGUGGUUCGCAGCAGAGAGGAUUUGGCGGACAGGGAGAAUCCCGUUGGCAGCAAGGAGGAAUCGAUGGAGUCCAGGCAGGAGUUGGUGAACAAGGAGGAUUCCGUGGUUCGCAGCAGAGAGGAUUUGGCGGACUGGGAGAAUCUCGUUGGCAACAAGGAGGGAUCGGCGGUGCGCAGGCAGGAAUUGGUGGAAAACUAGGAGGAUAUGGUGGUCAAAGAGAAUCUCGUUUGCAACAAGGAGCAAUCGGUGGAGCGCAAGCGGGAAUUAGUGAACAAGUUGUAGGAUUCGGUGGAAGGCAAGGAGCUUUCGGUGGAAAACAAGCAGAGCUUGGUGGGCAGCAAAUUAGACUCGGUGGACAACAAGCAGCUUUCGGUGGACAGCAAGGAGGAUUCGGUGGAAGACUAGGAGGAUAUGGUGGACAAGGAGAAUCUCGUUGGCGACAAGGAGCUAUCGGUGGAGCGCAAGCGGGAAUCACUGAACAGGUUGUAGGAUUUGGUGGAAGGCAAGAAGCGUUCGGUGGAAAACUUGGAGGACUUGAUGGGCAGCAAAUCAGACUCGGUGGACAAGAAGUAGCACUUCGUGGACCGAUAGGAUUCGGUGGACAGCAAGGAGGAUUUGGAGGACAGCAAAAAGGAUUUGGUGGACAAGGAGAAUCUGGUUUCGAACAAGGAGCAAUCAGGCCAAUCCAAGAGGGAAUCAUUGAACAAGUUGUAGGAUUUGGUAAUGAGCAAGGAGCAUUCGGUGGAAAACAAGAAGGAUUCGUUGCCCAGCAAUUUGGACUUGGUGGACUAGAGGCAUUCGGUGGACAGGCAGGAUUUGGUUGGCAGCAAGGAGGACUUGGUGAACAGCGAGAAGAAUUCGGCGGACUGAAUGGCCGCUUUGUAUACUAGGAUUGUUAAGAUGAUGGUUGAUAUCAUAAAUUAGAUAACGGUAGAUAGUAUUCACCGUCUGAUUAGCAUGUAUGUGGCAACUGACCUUCGAUAUUCAUUACUGUAUACACGCCCUUUUUCUCGAUGCUUAAAAUGGACUGGAAGAGAACAAGAGAACUCACAAUCAAAUAAGACGUAAUCUUGGAUUUAUCAUAAUGCAGUGCCUUGCCUAUUCAUCAUCCAGCUUCAA